AUGGUGUGGGAGGAAGCUAUUGAUGAUAAAGGUCAAGUGUAUUAUUAUGAUACUGAAACCGAUAAAACACAGUGGGAACGACCUGCGCAACUCAAGAAUUCUAAAUUGGAUGAGUUAUUGAGGCAAUUUGGGUGGGAAACGUAUAAGACAGAUAACGGUGAAACGUAUUAUUUUAAUACUAAAGAUGAGAAGUCGGUUUGGGAACUUCCUGAGGAGGUUAAAAAAGAAUUGAACAGACACUUAUCUACCAAAUCAGAAAGUGAAGAGGUAUCUGAAAGUAAUACUGAGCCAACUGGUACGCCGGUAGUAGUUAAUAAUGUACAUCAGGAUGGUGAAAGGGAAAGCAGUAUAAACUGGGAGCAGGGUCAGAAGCAAAAUGACACUUAUAAAUCAACUACAGGGGAAAGUGAGGCUAAUCAGUUAAUAGGACUCAAAGAGUUGUUACGACAACAAGAUGCAGAUGAAAGACAUGGUAUAUCGUCUGGAGCAUCGAAGGACGAAAUACAGAACUCAAAUGAGGGUGAACAGGAAGAUAUGUCCAAAAAGAGAUUUUUGUCUAUGCUUGCAGAGAAGAAGGUUGAGCUUGAUUGGCCGUUUGCAAAGGUUUCUCAAGAGUGUAUUGAUGAUGGUCGCUAUUGGCAGAUUGAAGAUCCCCUUCAAAGAAAGCAACUUUUUGAGGUUUAUCUUAUUGGAAAACGGGAGGAAGAAUACAAGAAAGUUCAAGAAUCCCGACAGAAGUAUUUGGAGCAGUUUAGGGAAAUUCUCAAGAAGCAUGAUAUACAAUCAUACACACGUUGGAAGACGUGUGAGAAAGAGAUUGCGAAUGAAAGUAUUUGUAUAAGCAUUCCAAAGGCUUUGCAAAAGCAAUUCUUCCAAAGUUACAUCCAGCAAUUGAAAGAAAAAGAAAAGGAGCAACUAGAUCAACGGAGGGAUGACCAGCUUAAUAGAUUAGAAGAGGAAAUGACUGCAGCGGUUAAAGUCAACAGUCGGAUUGAGGAAUUCAUGAAAGCCAUUGAUCUAACAGGAAAAUAUCCUGAUUUAAAUAAAGUAGAUGUUAUCACCAUAUAUGAUAUGGUGAAGAUGAAAAAGGUGGAUGAGUUUAAGCAGAUAAUUGCAAAGAACAAAAAAUUAAACGAAAGGGCUGAUAGGAAGGCGAGAGACAGCUUUAAAAAGAUGCUUAAAGAAAAGGAGGAGAGGUAUCCCGAGAAGUUUACCGCAAAUAUGAAAUGGUAUGAAUUUCUGGGUCUAAUACGAAGCGAAGAAAGUUUUAUAGAAUUAUGUGGUCAUAACGGGUCUUCUGCAAUUGAUUAUUACUGGGAUAUUCUUGAUGCCAAAAACCAAAUUCUCAGAACAAAGGUUGAUUACUGUAUGCGGUUAAUGAACAAUCACCAGCUAGAGUUGAAAAGUUUUGAAGGGGAGGUAAAGAAGUUUAGAGAUACCAUAAAGAAAGUUAUCGAAGAACAAGAUAGCAAAAUAGAUGUUUCAGAUACAGAAUUAACUGAGAUAUUUGAGGUGUUAAAACGAAGAGAAGACGAGGAGAAAGAAAGAAGAAACAGAAAGAGAACAUUAACCGAGAGAGAAUUAUCAAAUAAAAAGCAGAAGCUUCCAAGAUUAGGAUACGGGGUUCUACAAUGA